AUGGGAAAUUUAAAAGAGUCACGUAGUACACCAUCACGUCAAUUUACGCAUUGUGGUGUAGACUUUGCUAGACCUUUUCUUGUUAAAGACGUCACACUCAGAAAUCGAAAAAUAGUCAAAACAUAUAUGUGCCUAUUUGUUUGUUUUUCAACCGAAGCGAUACAUCUCAAACUAGCUUUCGAUUUAAGCACUGAUGGCUUUCUAAUGUGCUUACGAAGACUUUUUGCACGAAGAGAAAAAUGCAGUUGCAUUUAUUCUGAUAACGGCAUCAAUUUUGUUGGAGAAAAAAACGAACUCUACCGAUUGACAGAAAUGUUAACCACCGACAAUCAAAACAAUAAGGUGCAAAACUUUCUGACCAAUCACGAAAUAGAAUGGAAAUUUAUUCCACCUCGUGCUCCACAUUUUGGUGGGAUAUGGGGAAAUGGAGUCAAAGCAGCCAAAACUCACCUCACUAGAGUUCUUCAUGAUACUCAUUUGACAUAUGAACAGCUAUACACAAUAAUGGUCGAGGUAGAAGCCUGUCUUAAUUCGAGAUCUUUAACUCCAAUUUCAUCGGAUCCAAAUGAUGAAUCACCUUCAACUCCAGGGCAUUUUUUAAUUGGCACUUCAUUGACUGUAAUGCCGCAAUGA